GGUGGGACGCAGCCUGCGUGCAGGGCGCCAGCAGACAUAGCCGGGCUGCUGGGAGGGCGCCAGGAGAAGCUGCUUUCUCUCCACUUUACGACAACGUCUUAUCGUAGUGCCGGUGUUUCAGGCUUUCAGCAUGUCGCACCCCAAUGGCAAGGGUCCGGCGGACUCAUCCAAUGCCGCCAAACAAGGUCACAACACGAAGACGUUUGACUCGCCGUUCAAGGUUGAUCCUGCAAUCGACGGCAAGAGAGAUGACCCUGUGUGGCAUUUCAUCGCACGAGGUCGUUAUUUGGAUGGGUCCACUGCGGCUGGUAGAAAGAGUGGUCGUCGCUUCCUGUGCAGGUUGUGCGGGCGUUCGAUUUGCGGGGGCGCUAAGGCAGCCAAGGAACACUUAUCGAAGAGCGAGAAGUUCAGAUGUGAGGCGGCCACUGCUGCAGUGUGGCAUGCAAUUUGGUCGAAGGACAUGGCGAAAUGUCCUAAGGACUUCAUAUCGGCUAUCGAGGCAUUGCAGAUCUUACCUCACGGUCAUCCGAAGUUCCAGUGGCCACCGUUGCGAUUCCCCGAGGACUCGGUGUCGGCCCCUGUUUCCACCACCGCCCCCUCGGGGGCGGUGCCUUCGACAGGUCCAGCCAUUCGGGUAACAGUACCGCGACGCACACCGCCACGUCCACCAGCUCCAACGUCAGCACCGCUAACUGGGACACAGGGUGUAGGCGCUUUGCAUGUUGGUCGGUCUGCGCCGGCCAAUGAGCCCCCUUCCGUGCGGGGGGGUACGGAGUGUGCGGCGUUUGACGAACACGGCACACGUGCUUUUGUUGAGAGCCGCACGUGGGGGAGGGAUGUUGGCACUUCGGUCGGAAAUGCCCCUGUGUUUACCAGUGCCAGACGCUCACCUGCUGCACGGGCCAGUACUGUUGCGGCCCCUGCUGCAGCUGCUCGCAGUUCGUCAGACCACCCUUGGUUGCCGCCUCCGCCGUCGAAAGUGGCGCAGGGUGCGGUCGCCGACCAUGUUGCUACGACGGACAGACCGGAUUCUCCACGCGUACAUGCAGAUGCUCGACAGGCUGCUUCCCUUUCUCUAGUUGGGGAACAGGUAGUGCACGGGGCGGGUGCUGCUAAGGUCCCCAUUCCGGUGUCUGAUUCGUCAUCGACCCCGCGUCCGGCGACGACAGGUGCUACUGUAGCUGCUCCUCCUAUACUUACCGGUACGUUGGAUCCUUUGUAUCGCAUGCGCGCCAUUGCAGUGGCCCAGAGCGCGGCACCUGCGAGUCCCGGUGGGUUGUUGGAUGUCGGGAUCCUUGGCGGCCGAGCCACGACGGGACGUGGCCGGGGCACCUAUCGACAACAGGCCGCCACGUCGUAUUACUCGGACCCUUUGGAGCACGCGUGGCAUUUGCAGAUUAUGCGCUUCAUCGUCAAGAGUGGGAUGGCGUUCAACUGCGUGAAGCUUGAAAGCUUCAAACGCAUGUUCACGAUGAUCAUCCCCCCAGGGGUUCCAGGGGCUCCUAUGCCCAAACUGCCCACGUACCACCUGGUGCGCACGACCCUAUUGGACGAGCUGGAUGCAGAGGUCCAAAAAGUAGGGCCCACUCGCGGUGGGACGUCCACCACCCCCUACACGAAGGAGGAGGAGGAGAAGAUGGCCGCCCUUCUACAGGAGAAGAAGGAGAAGAAGGAGGCCAAGAAGAGGGCCUUGAAGGAGGAGCAGGCGGCCAAACUGAAGAAGAUGGAAGAAGAAAUGGCCAUAGAGAAAGUGAGGUUGAAAAAGGAAGAAGAAGAGAAGCUGAAGGAGGUGGAUGAAGAAGAGGAAGGACCGCCACUGCAAAGGAGUAGUGGGCAGCCCAGUAAUAAUACCGGUGGAAACCUGGAGAAGAGGAUCUCUGAAUGGGUUGCCAACCUGACUGUGGGAGAAGAGGAAGAGGUUAGUAUGUACAUCCCGCAGGAUCAGCAAGAAGCCGCCAUGAAGGCUUGGGAGGCAGAGAAAGACCCUCUGAAACGUCAAGCGUUGGAAGACGAGAAGAAGAUGGAAUGGAAAUUAGCGGUGAUGAGGGAGAAGAAGAGGAGAAUUGACAAGGCAGCGGAGGCAGCAGAGGCCUUGGAAGAGGUGAAGAACAUAGAGACACAAUUAGUCGCCCAGCCCGAUCUCCCGAAUCAGAUGCGAGUCAUAGCGCGGAGCGUCGCAUGCCUGGCACGGGUUCAGGCAGACCAAUAUGAUUUUAGCAGAAGUCAGGGCAUAGCUGUGCGCUCGAUACGAUUGGGCUUUCGAGACUUUGCUCGUGAGUUGGUAGGCGCCGUUGGAGUCGAGAGAAGUCUGCAUUGGCUCUGCAUAGCUAAGGAGAGCACAGCUUUGGUGCAGCGUAGUCCCUUUGUGACAUUAUACAAGAUGACAUCAUUCGCUGAUCUCCGCCGACAGGGGCCUGUGUUUAUUCUUACGCUGAAAGGCACUGAUGAGCACAGGCUGAACCCCGAGACGAUGCAGCUUAUCAAUAAUGCGCUGGAUGAAGUCGAGAAUUCGCGGGAUGCGGCAGCGCUGGUGACCACCAACGAGGGGAAAUUUUAUUCCAACGGUCUAGAUUUGAAAUGGCUGCAGGCCAACCGGGGCCGCAAGAAAGAGUUGUUCGACAGCUUUCAUGCCUUGCUUCGCCGAUUUCUUUGUUUCUCGAUUCCUACCGUGGCAGCAAUCUGUGGGCACGCUGCAGCAGGCGGGUGCAUGAUUGCCCUCGCGCACGAUUACAGAGUGAUGCGCAGAGACAAAGGCUUCAUCUUCAUGAACGAAGUGGAUAUCGGCCUCCCACUGACUCCCGGAAUGAAUGCCGUGGUAAAGUGCAAGGUGCCCACUGGAACCUACAGGAAUAUGAUCUUGGCAGGAAAGCGAGACAAAGGCUUCAUCUUCAUGAACGAAGUGGAUAUCGGCCUCCCACUGACUCCCGGAAUGAAUGCCGUGGUAAAGUGCAAGGUGCCCACUGGAACCUACAGGAAUAUGAUCUUGGCAGGAAAGCGGUACGAUGCCGGAGGAGCAGCAGCAGCCGGCAUUGUUGACGAGGCAGUUGAAGGCGGAGAAGGGCCAACCCUGGCGGAGGCAGUCAGAAGAGCAACCGAGCUGGCCAAACGGAAAUGGGAUCGGUCCAUCUACCAGGUCCUCAAGCUGGAGAUGUACAAGGACACAGUCAGCUGUCUUGACUCGGGCGACUCAGGGUAUGGCAAAACGCACGGCUUCAUUUCAAAAAUGUAGUGAAGCAGUCGAGAGCGAAUAUGCUCUGGCCGCCCAGGAAGGUUGGUUACGGAAACCAGCCGAGGAUGCCGGGUGGGGGUCACUCUCUGGUUCAAAAUGAGGCUGCGAUGCUUGCGAGCCUUGUGAGGUAUGGCCUUCAUGCAGACAUACAACUACCAUCUUCCCCCGAGCACAGCGCACCCUCUUUUGUUUUUGCCUGCAUGGGACUGGAAUGACAGCUUGUAUGCAUUCAUAAUCAAGGUGCAUUGUGUUCGAGGGAAGACAGUGACAGAGAUAGCGCACCGGAUUAGUAGCGUUUCUCUGUUUGAUUUGUCAACGCAUGCGUAUACAGAUGGCGCACCGGGCACAAGGCGUGUUCAUUCAAAACCUUCACCAACUUUUUCGCCGGCUUUUGUAAAGAUUAUAUACCUAUUUCUGGAUUUACCAAUUGAUGGAUUGGUUAGCACGUAAGCAAUUGUUCGGGUUCUUGUUCCAGGUGUCUGCUGAGAUUUCAACGAGUACAAAACCGGGACUGCAUUGAGUGCGAACCACAGUUGCAUGGGCCUUCGAUGAAUCAUAGCUGGGUAACCAGCCCGGAAAUCAUACCUGGAUAUGGUGGCCCGUGGAUAAACCGAAGGAUAAGCAGUUGUGCUGGAUGAGAGCGGACUGUGCGACCACUGCCUGUGUGGCAAAUGCCUUGUGCGGUGUUGUGUGUGCGCGUGUGUGUGUGUGUGUGUGUGUGUGUGUGUGUGUGUGUGUGUGUGUGUGUGAGUUGAAGGACACUACAGCCAUGCAGGGGUGGAGUGGAUCACGAACCGGCAUGUAUUCACUUUUGUACACUGUGCCAUGACUGUGGUGGUUAAGAGGCUCGGCUCUUGAGGCUGAGGGCGCCGGUUCGAAUCCAUGUGUGUACACAGAGGAGGUCCUGUGGCUGAUAAAGUACAGAGUACUACAGACUGCUGAUGGCAGUGGGAGCUGUUCCCCUGAGGCGGCUUUUUGGCCCGAUCUGGUCUGCAUUUGCAUUUUGCAUGUGGUGCCCAGGUGGCGCAGUCUCGUGUGGGAUUUCCCCAUGCUGGUCAGUUGGCCCCAUCUGUUCUGCAUUUGCCAAUUUUGCCCCCUGUUGUGGCCAGUUGCUCCAUACGGUCUGUAUCUUUGCCUAUAUAAUUGAAUGUUUCAUUGUUUCCUUCUUUUUUUUUUUUUUUUUUGAAAUUUGGACUAUUUGUCGAUUUAUGCGUGUCAUCCUUGCUCAGGGGCCAUUUGCUGAUGUACCCCUCUCUGUAUCGCUCCAAUUUUAACGGAUGUACCGAAGGAGGAAUUGAAUGUUUCCUUAGAAUCCUUACCAACAGAAGGCAAAACAAAAAAAGGCAACUUUUGCUGGAGAGGGUCUAAUUUGCAGGAUUCUGGAACCGGGCUUACUUUUCCAAGAUGCUGUUGUGGUAGACCCUUAUUUAUUAUUAUUGUAUUUUUUAACAAAUUGAUAUAGUUCAU